AUGCGCCCAUUCUUGUCGCCAAUGUUGCUCGCAAAUUCCAAUCAUGGUCCAGGAUUUCAUGCGGGCGAGCGUGAAUCGGGCCACAAUUCACACGUUAUCGUUAGUCAGGAGGCAGAGGAGGCCAUUGCCGAAUUGCACAACACAAUCACGAAUGAUUCUGACCCUAGGAUUUCUGAGCUAGGAAAGUACUUGCGCAAUGACCAGCAGUCCAGAAUCAGGGCUUUCCCACUCAGCGUCUGCUUCAAGUCGGUGUCAGCCUAUGGCCAACCGGGAGGGAUAGCGCGGGUGAAAACUCUCAGGCAUGCGAUCUGGAGAACAUUGACUUUCCAGGAUGCCUAUGAGUGGACUUUCAAGAGAGUGAUAUCUCCCGACAGGGUAGAAAAAGGUCAGGCUCUGAUUCGCGACUUUUCAGGAGUCGUUCGGAGUGGGGAGAUGAUGCUUGUUCUCGGAAACCCUGGCGCUGGAUGUAGCACUUUCUUGCGCAUAAUUGGAAACGACCACUCCUCAUUCCUCGGCGUCAAGGGACACAUUGCCUACUCUGGCCUCUCCCCUGACGAGGUCCAGAAGCGAUUCCGCGGUGCAGUCUCAUAUGUGCCAGAGGAUGACAUCCACCUGCCAACUCUCACUGGUCGCCAGACAUUAGAAUUCGCCCUCCAGAAUAAGACCCCUAAGAAAUGCUCUGACCAGAUCCCCCGGUUUCUGGACGAAUUUGGGAGAGCUUUUGGGAUGACUCAAUCGAUGGACACGCUCGUCGGCAAUGAGUACAUCAGAGGUAUCUCGGGCGGCGAGAGGAAGCGCAUUUCAAUCUUGGAAUCGUUGGCAUCCGGUGCCUCGGUCCAAGCCUGGGAUGGCUCAACCCGCGGUCUUGACGCCUCUUCCGCUCUUGAUUACAUCAAGUCUCUCCGUCUCAUGACCGACGCUUGCCAGCGAGCAACAAUCGUUUCCUUGUAUCAAGCAUCUGAUACCAUCUUCGGCCUCAUGGACAAGGUCAUGCUCAUCGACCAAGGGAGGAUGCUCUAUCAAGGCCCUGCGAAGACGGCUGAGGCCUACUUUAAUGCCCUCGGCUACAACCGUCUUCCCCGACAAACCAUGAGCGACUUUCUCACAAGUAUUGCAUCCGGACAAGUGAGUAGCCUUCGCGUUAGAAAUAACUCGAGCGUACCCAAGUCUGCUCUGGGCCUUGAGCAGGCGUUCAGGGCCAGCCAGGCGUUCAAGGAUGUUCAAGAUGACAUCCAUCGGUAUGAAAGUGAGUUUGAGGAGCACCAGUCUAGCUCCCAGACCGGUGUCGAAGGGCCUUCACGAACGUCUAAAGCCUUGAAACACCACACUAGCCUGCAGAAGUCGAAGUAUGUUGUGACCACGUCUUCUUACAACACAUCUUUCUUUCGGCAAGUUCUCUGGUGUGCUCGGAGGGAAUUCUGGCAAUUAAACGGACACCGAGCACCCCUCAUUUCCAAGCUUGUGUGCGUUUUUGUCUGCGCAUUUCUGCUCUCCUCGAUGUUCUACAACAUGCCAGACGAUACAGAUGGCGUCUUCUCCAGGGGUGGAUUCUGCUUCUAUGCUGCGGGAUUGGUUGCCUGGUUCCAGUUGGGGGAGCUGGACAACGCUUUCUCUGGCAGAGAUGUCGUCAGUCGACAAAAACGAUAUGCUAUGGUUCGACCAAGUGCCGUGGUCGCUGGGAAAACGCUGAUGGAUAUCCUCAUCGUUUUCAUCCAAACAGCAGUCUUUUCGCUGAUAUCUUAUUUUCUCAGCGGAUUGAGGUCAGAUGCGGGGUCAUUUUUUGCAUUCCUGAGCUCCAUCUUCCUCUGUACCAUGGCAUUCACGGCAUGCUUUCGCGUCUUUGGGGCGGCGUCUGCUCAUCUUGAAGUUGCCCUCAGAUACUGUGGCCUCUUUUCACUUAUUACCAUGGCAUGUGGAGGCUAUCUGAGACCGAUUGACCGCUUGGUGUCAGAUGUGCCAUGGGUUGGGUGGCUUGGAUACCUGACGCCAGCGUUCUACACCUUCGAGAUCUUGAUGGUGGUCGAGUUCCGUGGCCGCGAAUUCCCUUGUGGCAAGGCCUCUAUCAUCCCUGCUGGCCCAGCUUACAACGAUACGUCCUACCAAGUUUGCGCUUACAGAGGCAUUUCCCCCGGACAACUGAGCUUGAAUGGAGAUGAUUACGUCAAGGACGAAUUCGGUUUCAGCUUCGACAACGUUGGUCGUAACUAUGGCAUCCUGAUACUAUUCCUUGUUGCUCCUUGCCUCCUCAACAUGUGGCUGGUUGAGAACGUGGAUUGGGUCAGUGGACAAACCCAAGCCCUCGAGUCCGCUCACGAUGUCAAAGCACCUCUCUCGUCCCAAAAAUGCGACGAAGAAAGUACAGAUGAGCGCAGAGUACAAGAGAGAGAAAAGCCGGACAUGACUACGCGACAAGCGAACGGCUCUUUCCGGGGGUCUGGCAUGGCAUUUUCUUGGCGCAAUAUCAACUACAGUGUCCGACAGCACAACAAAGACAAGCAGCUUUUGAGGAAUGUGUCCGGGUUUUGCAGGCCAGGAACUCUCACUGCUCUUGUUGGAAGUUCCGGAGCCGGCAAAAGCACCCUGAUGACUGUCCUGUCUCAACAGGCCGCGGGAGAUGUGUCGGGCGAAAUAAAGGUUGAUAAUGACGAAAUUGACCCCUCGUUUGGACGCCGGAUCGGGUUCUGCCAGCAAAUGGACAUUCACCUCGAGACAAGUACAGUGCGCGAGGCUUUUGAGUUCUCCGCACUCUUGAGGCAGAAUUCGAAGAUCAGCAGAGAGGACAAGAUCACAUAUGUUUCCAAGAUUCUAGACAUUCUUGAAAUGUCCGAAUUACAAAACAUACUGAUCAGGUCGCUCUCGCUCGAACAGAAGAAGCGGACAACAAUUGGUGUAGAGCUCUGCGCCAACCCAGAUCUCCUACUGUUUCUGGAUGAGCCAACAAGCGGUCUAGAUGGCCAAGGAGCAAUGAGCAUCGUCAGAUUGCUUCGGCGUCUGGCAGAUAGCGGUCAAACGAUUCUAUGUACAAUUCACCAGGCCAGUCAAGAGCAAUUCGAGCUUUUUGACCGUGUGCUUGCCCUCGACCGAGGCGGUCAAGUUUAUUAUUUCGGAGACAUUGGCGUUAACGGCAGGGCAGUCAUAGAUUAUUUUACCAGACACGGCGUGACAGUCGAGCCAGACAAGAACGUGGCUGACCUCUUAAUAGAGGUCACUGCCCGAAAGUCAAGGGAUGCAGAGCACGACUGGUGCCAGAUUUGGCAGGAUUCGGAUGAGGUUGCCGUGGUCCUGAGAACGAUUGACACUAUCACUACCGCCGUGCGACAAGCUCCUAGAGAACAGGGCCCAUCAGUGCCGCACGACCAGUACGCCUCACCGACAUACCAGCAAAUACUCUUCUUGACGAAAAGAACGUUGUUGCAAUACUGGCGCACCCCGGAUUACAUUUACUCGCGACUUUACUGCUCCUUCGCCCACUCGCUCCUGAAUGGGUUGAUUUUCCUGAGACUGGGCAACACGCGGGCCGAUAUGCAGUACCGGAUCUUCUCAUGCUUCCUGAUCUUGAUGAUCAUACCCGAGUUCAUCAAUGCAUGCGCAAUGAUGUUUGAUGACAACAGGAGCGUGUGGCUCGGGCGGGAAUACCCGGGCCGAAUUUACGGCUGGGUCGCCUUCACAACAGCGAAUGUCAUCGCCGAGAUUCCUUAUGCCCUUGCCGGAGGAGUGCUCUUUUACGUCUUGUUCUACUUCAUCGUGGGCCUCCCGCUUGGGGAGCCGGCAGGAUACACAUUCCUUAUGAUGAUGAUGUUUCAUCUCUUCUCGACUUCAUGGGGCCAGUGGAUCGUAGCGCUAAGCACUGAUAAACGCAUGGCUGCCAAUAUAAUGCCGUUCUUUGUCGUUAUGUGCGAGUUUUUCAACGGUGUCCUACAGCCGAAGGAGCUCAUGCCUGUUGUGUGGCGCUACACGAUGUACUACAUUGGGCCGUUCACCUACUGGAUCUCAGGGAUUGUGGCAAUGAUUCUCGGCAGAGUCUCUGUCAGAUGCCUCGACUCAGAGUUGAUCCGCUUUGAAGUGCCUCCCAACACAACAUGCGGCGAGUAUGCCAAUGCCUGGCUUUCGGGCAGUAAAGGGUACUUGGAAAACCCUUCAGCUUUUGGCGAUUGUGGCUACUGCCAGUAUGCCGCCGGUGAGGACUAUUUAGAUUCUAUUGGUCUUGACAAGGCUGUUGGUUGGCCUUAUCUGGGCAUCUUUGCUCUCUUUACGGUUACGAACUAUGGCUUGGUAUAUUUGUUCGUGUAUGUUAGAUCGGCUAGAGGUUGGCUACCUUGGUAG